CCCACGGCAGUGUUUCUGCAGAUAAUGUUCCUCGCUCAAGACGAGUGGCCGCUGCUUUUGGUGGCUAUGCUGCCUCUCCUCGUGUCCGCCCUCACCACCCUGGCUCUGGCGCACUAUGCGGGGCGGGUGGUGGCGCUGGUGAGUGCAACGAGCAGGGGCAGCGAGGAGGCGUGGAGGGCGUUUCUCGCCCAGCUCACAGAGACUGUUUUCUUCAUGGCUGCCUCCGUUGUGCUGGGGGCGGUGGGCACCAUGGUGCGGACGUUCCUCUUCUCAUCCGCCAGUGAGCGCGUAGCAGCACACAUCAAGACCAAGCUCUUCCGAUGCCUGCUCGCCCAGGACAUGGCGCUGUACGACAGUGUGCGCGUGGGCGAGGUGGCAAGACGGUUGACAGACGACACAGGGCUGGUGAGGAGCGCGCUGGGCACGGGCACACCAGAGGGCCUGCGCUCUCUCUCCACUGCUGCCUGCGGCCUGCUGCUCAUGCUCGCCAUCUCGCCCACUCUCACAGUGCUGGCGCUCGUGGUGUUGGUGCCCGUGGCAGUAGCAGUGCGGCACUACAGUUACGCCAUUAGAGCCCUGGCUAGGGACGCCCAUGCCGCUGCUGCUACUGCCGCUGCCGUUGCCGAGGAAGUGCUGCAGGGCAUUCGCAUGGUGCGGUGUUUCUCACAGGAGUGGGAGCACAACCGCUUUGCACUGCUCACCAGACACUGCAUGCACAUGGGCGUCACACUCGCGUUCCGAGUGGGGCUGCUAUCAGGAGCAGUUUAUGCGGGUGCAGGGCUGGCAGUGGUGGUGGUGUUCGCGUAUGGAGCAUACCUGUCAGCCGCGGGAGCCAUGGACACAGGGGACCUCGCAUGCUUCAUACUCGUUGCUGUCACCGUGGGCAUGUCUGUGGCAAACCUAAGUGGCAUAUACGGCACGAUGGUGAGGGCGAUGGGUGCAGCGGAGAGGGUGUUGCACAUGCUCAACAUGCACCCGCGCAUGCCACCCCAUGGCAACCGAUGCCCUCCCAUGGGCGGAGAGGGGCC